AGCUGCAGAGAUGAAUAACCAACGUGUAACCUAUGCAGAACUGAAUUUGGCCAAGUCCGCCAAGAGACAGCAAAGAAAGCCUAAAGGCACUCAAAGUUCCAUUCCAGUAACGGAGCAGGAAAUAAUAACCUAUGCAGAAUUAACUCUUCAAAAUGCUUCCUGGGAUCCUCAAGAGAGGGACAGGAAGGGCCACUCCAAAGUUUCACCAUCAUCUCCAGAGAAGCGCAUUGGUGGGACCCUAGGUGUCAUCUGCCUUGUCCUGAUGUCCGCUGUGGUGACAAUACCUAUUAUUCUCUCUAAAGUAAUACGGGAGCAGAAUAAUUCUUCAUUGAAAACCGGGUUCCAGGAAGCAGAUCAUUGUGGACAUUGUCCAAAGGAGUGGUUUACAUAUUCCAAGAAUUGCUAUUACAUUAGCACUGAAAAAAAAGCAUGGAAUGAGAGUUUGCUGGCCUGUGCUUCUAAGAACUCUAACCUACUUUACAUAGAUAAUGAAGAAGAAAUGUACUGUUAUCAUAGGCACCAUCCCUGUCAUUACCCAGCCUCAGAGAUGGAUGAGCAACAAGAAAAUGACUCAGAAAUGAGUCUGGUUAAGGACUUAAGGAGACAGCAAGUGAAAGAUUCACCAUCACCUCCAGAGAAGCUCUUUGCUGGGGUCCUGGGAGUUAUCUGCCUCAUCUUGAUGUACAGUGUAGUAAGAGUGAUACUUUUUAUACCUUGUACUGGUAAACUGGAGAAGAACAAUUCAUCCCUCAAUACAAACAUCCUGAAAGCAUAUCAUUGUGGUCAUUGUCCACUGGAGUGGUUUACAUAUUCCAAAAAUUGCUACUACAUUAGUACUGAAAAUAAAACAUGGAUUGAGAGUGUGCUGGCCUGUGCUUCUAAAAACUCUAACCUGCUUUAUAUAGAUAAUGAAGAAGAAAUGGAAUUUCUGAGUUUCAUGUUACCACCAUCAUGGAUUGGAAUUUUUCGUAGCAGCAGUGGUCAUCCAUGGAUGUUGAUAAAUGGUUCAGCUUUCAAAAUAAAUUACAGAAUAGCAGAACUAUCAUCUGAUAAAGGUGACUGUGUUCUGCUACACCUAUAUGGCCUCACAUCAUGGAGUUGUGGAGCUUCAAAAAUAUAUAGUUGCAAACAUAAGCUUUAGAGGUAAAACACCUGAGUUUGGAUUCUGUUGGAAAAACACUUGAGCUUUGGGACAGCAUGGAUGGACCUGGAAAAUAUUAUGCCAAGUGAAAUAAGCCAAUCUG